CUGCGUCAGUGUCCUUAACCCUGCCGUAAAGUCAAUCACAGCAGAAGCGAAUUGAAUCAAGGCGGCAGCAACCCGCGAUCACUUUCUGAAGUCUCCAAAGCCUCUGGGAAGAAAGUUUGUGGAGUGAUUGUGUCCCGGUAAUUCUGCCGGGCAAUACUUGGACUGUUUCGCGCCAGUGUCCGCGGGGAAGAUGUUUUACGCAACUACAGAGAAUCUGCUGAGAGGUGCCUUGAUAUUGUGGCUGACAUCGUCAUCGUCUUCUUACUCUUACUUUACCAUUUCAGAACAAGAUGAAAGAGAGAUAUGCCCUGAAAACAGAAUAAUCACAUCUGAGUAUCCAUGCCUAAAGUCCACCGGAGAAGUGGCGACCUGUUUCAGAAAGAAAUGUUGUCGAGGUUAUAAGUUUGUCCUUGGCCAGUGUAUCCCAGAAGAUUAUGAUGUUUGUUCAGGAGCUCCGUGUGAACAGCAGUGCACUGAUAACUUUGGCAGAGUGCUGUGCACAUGUUACCUGGGAUUCUACUUCGACCGUAUGAGGCACAAGAAUAGAGAGAAACCUUAUUGUCUUGAUAUUGAUGAAUGCACCAAAAGCAAUGGAACGGUAUGUUCUCAUAUCUGCCUCAACACUCCAGGGAGUUACCAAUGCCUGUGCAAGGAAGGUUUCUAUCUCAAAGAGGAUGGAAAAACAUGCAACAAAAUUGAAAGUGCUGGCCAGUAUCUAAAGUCCGACACCGUGAUGGAAGCUGACACCUGUUCCACAACCUGUGAGGAGUUCCAGCAGAUAAAGCAAACAGUUCUACAGCUAAAGCAAAAGAUCACUUCACUGCCCAACAAUGUUGAUGAUAUUAGUAAACAAAAAUCAAACAGCCAGAAGUUAUUUUCUUCCAACAGUUACAAUUCUGGAUUUGCUGGGCUUCCUGGGCCUUCGGGACCAGCAGGUCUCCCUGGUUCCAAAGGAAGCAAUGGCCCAAAGGGACAACAGGGACCACCAGGACCCCCAGGACCCAGAGGACCCAUGGGACCUAUGGGCCCGUCUCCUGACAUAUCUCACAUUAAACAGGGAAGAAGAGGUCCAGUGGGUCCACCAGGAGCGUCUGGAAGAGAUGGUGCCAAGGGUGAAAGAGGUGCACCAGGACCAAGGGGAUCCCCUGGUCCACCAGGCUCCUUUGAUUUUUUGCUACUGAUGUUGGCAGACAUCAGAAACGACAUUGCAGAGCUCCAGUUGAAGGCUUUCGGCCGUGGAAAUAGUGCCGCUGUAGAGGAGCCGCCGAGCCAUGAGGUUUCUGACUGGGGAUCAGGUGAAGACCACAGGCACAGAGCGUCACAAGAAUUCCCAAAGAGACCAACUGCAUGGAAGUGAAAUGGCCUUCAAAGCCACUUAACGAUUCUCUUCCAUUGGGACCAGACUGAUGGGAUUGAACCAGUGAGGAUGUAAUAAAUUUCGCUCUGCUGUUGUAGAAUUUUAUUUCAAUAUCAGUAUCAGAGAACUACUUUUAUCAAGAGUAAUAAUUGAGAUGAGGUCUAGAGUUUUGAUGUAGUUCCAUUAUUAUAUAACAGACCAGACUGACAAAUUCUGAGCAAAUAUUUUGUCGCAUUUAACAUUUCAGAUUUAUGAGAAGGAAACGUGCACAAUCUUCCCUAAUACGGGCAAUUGCAGUAUCUUGCUUCUAUCGCAAAACUUUACUAACUUUUUUAGUUUUGUUCAUGAUUUCUGUAUUUAGGAAUUUCUUGCACUUUUAUAAAUAAAUUAUAUCAGAUUAUUCAGCAGACCUGAAAUUAGAAGGUAGGUUAAGCAUAAACAAGAGCACAGAACAUUGAAUAGUACCGUACUGAACAAGCCAGUUGGCCAUGAUAUGCCGAUCUUGAUGGCAAUUUAUACUGAAUGUCCUCCUCCUGUUUAUCAUUGAUAUACCCUCCUACCUCAUUCCCUUCAUAUCCCUGUGUCUAUCUAAGAGCCUCUCCUACUGAACUGCCUUUUUCCACUACUACUCCUGGUAACCCAUUACAGGCACCUAUCACUCUUUGCAUAAAAACGUUGUCCCUCAUGUCAUUUUUAAAUCUCCUCCAACUAACCAUAAAAGCAUGUGUUUCAGUGUUUUGACAUUUCUACACUGGGAAACACAUUCUCACUGUCUACCCUAUCCAUGCCUAUCAUAAUAUUAGAAACCUCUAUCAGGGCUCCCCUCAGCCUCCGACACUCUAAGGAGAACCAAGUUUGUCCAACCUGUCUUUAGAGCUCACACCUUCUAAUCCAGGCAACAUCCUGGUAAAGGUACAUGUUCCUUAUAACUUCUUUACCACCUUAUCCAGUGUGGUGAGUUGGAGGUACGUCUCUACCAGAGGAGCCUGCAGGUCACCCUUGGGCAAGGUGUAGCACCUGCUUAGCCUCCCGAUCAGGGUCAUGUGGCACCAUGGGAGCCGGUGGUGGGUGGUCAUAUGAGCAGCCGGUGUAUAUCACAAUCCUGGUUAAGUGACCAUUGACACUAGGAAGACAGUCUUUGAAGAGUAUUGAUAAUGGCUGGGGUACGUCUGUUUUGCAAAGGCACUGCCCACACGAAGGCAAUGGCAAACGUCGUCUGUAGAAAAAAUUGCCAGGAAUAAUCAUGAUCACGUACGUACCACAUACCACCCUAUCCACUUGCAUAGCCACUUUCAGUGAACGAUGGACCUGGACCUCAAGAUCCUUCUGUACCUCAAUGCUAAUAAGGGGUCUACAAUUAACUGUAUAAUUUCUCCUUCCUUUUGACCUCCUCAAAUGCAUCACCUCACACUUGCCCAAAUUAAAAGACCAUGUGCAACUUCUCUGCUACAUCUGUAAUAGAUCUAUAUCCCAUUUUAUAAUUUAAUAGUUCUUCACUUUGUCCUCAACUCCUCCAAUCUUGGGUCAUCAGCAAACUUGAUAAUCCACCCAUCUACAUUUAUCACAAAAUACAGAGAUCCCAGCACCAAUCUUUGUGGAACACCACUGAUCACAGACCUCCAGCUAGAAUAACAGCCUUUCACCCCUACUGUCUAUCUUCUUUGGACAAAUCAGUUCCAAACCCAAACUUGCAGUCCUCUGCAUCUUUAUCUUCCGAACCAACUGACAACAAGGAACAAAAGCUUUCCACUCUAGCACCCAAAAUCAGAGCAGACCUGAUAGGCCCAAUAGCCUAAUUCUGCUCCUGUGUCUUACAAUCUGAGCACCACAUGCUUUACACUCAAACUUUCACCCAAUACAUAAAUCUAGUUGAAACUAAAAUCUGCCAUGUGGGCCUACAUUCUGUGAAACUGAGAAUGGCCACAUUUCUGUGUUAAGUUAAUCCAUUAUACUCUUGAGACUUCUUUUCUGCUUUGUAACCAGACUUUAUAAUACAAGGAAUCCAAAAUCUAUUAUGAUCCAAGGUCUAGUGUUUUCCCACAUACAAACUUUCCAAACGGAGGUUUAGACCACAGUUCUUAAAUGACAAAGUCGGGUGAUAUAUUAGAGGAGACUGUUCCUGUCAGUUUGAAUGACUGAUACGAUUGAUGUUUUAGAGGAGCUGGUGAAAUAGAAGAGAAACUAUUUAUGCUCCUUAGCAUGCCGAGGCCAAAGCACAGCUUUGAGAUACUGGAGUAACACACACAAAAUGCUGGAGGAACUCAGCAGGCCAGGCAGCAUCUAUGGAAAAGAAUAAAGAGUUGACAUUUUGGGCCGAGAUCCUUCAUCGGGAAAGAUGAAGAAGGGGGAGGAAGCCAGGAUGAGAAGGUGGAAGGAGGGGAAGGUGUACGAUCUAGAAGGUGAUAGGUGAAGCUACGUGAGGGGGUGGGGAGGGAUGAAAUAGUGGAGCCACCUCUUUCAGAAGAUAGAAAACAACUUGAUGUGCAGUGUCUGUUAGAAAUUGAAAACUCUCCUGAUAAUUAACUAUGGUUAAAAUUGAAUCUGAGAAAGGUCCUUGUUAACUAAUGGCAUGAAGGGACAGGAUUAAAAUAUGCCUAUGGAAUUAGGGAAUGGAUCAUUUGUGAUCCUGGAUUCUUGGGUAAUGAAUAUAAGUGACUAAGUAUCCUCAUGACUUUAUUCUUUUCCAUAAAUGCUGCCUGGCCAGCUGAGUUUCUAAAGUAUUUCGUGUGUGUUGCUUGGAUUUCCAGCAACUGCAGAUUUUCUCUUGUUUGAAAUAUCCCCAUACCCCUAUUUCCUAUGCUUCCUCCCUUGGUUGGUAAUCUCCUAAACUAGGGGUUCCCAUCCUUUUUUAUGCCAUGGACCCGUGGACCCCAGGUUGGGAAACGCUGUUCUAGGAUGUCCAAUAUCUGUUUGUUAUGUAUGGUACUUGCAUAUUGUUAACUGACCGCUGGAUGGCAAUGUCAGAAGCAAACAGAAGAAUACAUAUUAAUUAUGUCUGUUAUGAGAAUUUUUCUAUAAGGUUUGGAAAU